AUGAGGAGAAUCCAGGAGCAGUUGAGGGUGGAUCUGACAAGAGUCUAUAUUAACCCUACUGUGGACCUUGUGAAGCCAAUCCCUGCAAAGAGGCUUAUCCUCAUGGACAAUGUAGUGACCAGCGCCAAGAGACUCCCAAAUCUUACGCAUCCUGGCCAAAAUCUGCUUUCCAUGAGCAAAAAGGACGAAAACAUUCUUGCCAACAGGAUCUUUGGUGCUUGGGUCGACAAUGGGUUAAUCAACCCCCGACCGGUUCAUAUAAAGGUUGCCUGUCAAUAUUCGCUAAAACCUCCUUUCGGAUGCAGCAAUCUCAUCUCUGCGAAUCGCCGUAGCAACGAAGCCAAUAUUCGUCGUCUGGAACAUCAUAUCUCCACGCCCAGCGCUACCAGUGGGAGUGGACUUCCCGACGUCUUCUAGUAAAGGUGUAGUGGGCUCACCAGUGCGACCACGGCGGAUCUCCACGUCACGGCAAUGAGCAGGAUCAAUGAAUCCUCCAGCCUCGCUCAAUGCCUAGCGAAACUCAACGAGUUCAACCCAUCGUUUCUGAAGAGUCUCAUGGACUAA